GUCACUAAUUAUUAUUAUUAAACCUACAGCAAAAGACAGCGAAGGCUUCUUUGGUGAUCUCGCUCUACUCAAUUCUCUAUGAUGGUUGAAUAGAUAACCAAAAAUGCCUGUUUUCCAGUCCAAGACUUUCCGCCGAGCAACAACGGCCUCAUCCUCUCUAGGUGAGCGCAUUGGCGCUAUUUACCGGUCCAGGCUGUCUAGGCAUCCAUUUCUACUCUUUGGCCUUCCCUUCAUUGCGGUUAUGGUCGCUGGAUCGUUUGUUUUGACUCCCGCAACUGCUCUGAGAUACGAACGGUACGACCGCAAAGUUAAACAAUUGAGCCAAGAGGAAACGAUAGACCUGGGACUGAAAGGUCCAGAUGGAGAGGAGGCCAUCAAACGAAACCCCAGAAGAAGAGUUAUUGGCGAUGAGAGGGAAGAAUACUAUAGACUUAUGGCAAAAGACUUGGACAACUGGGAACAAAAAAGAGUACAACGCUUUAAGGGCGAGCCCGACGGUAGAUUAUAGCGUUGAAUACCUGAAUCAGACAUCGGGUUCUUUGAACCAUUGGUGACAGUUUCUCAUAUCGGUCCUCAUUGCGCGGCUCAACUGCACCCGCGUCCCAAAUUUCACUUGGCUCGCCCAUCGCUCAUAAUGCAUUUCUCACUCGUCAGAGCCAUUGCAUUCGUGGAGAAUACGGCGGUUGAGUCAAUGAUAUUGACCUUCAACGACCACCGAGGACCUUCUUCCCCGAAAAUCAAAAGCAGAGGUGCUGAGACUGCGGGACAGGUCUGGAAGUGGCUCUUAUGGAUCGAUGCCCAUUCGUAUUGGACGUGUUAUAUCAAUUGGCACAUCACUAGGCUAGUUGCAUUCUCAAGCUUUUCAGGGAGAAUUUCAGCCGCGAAGUAUCUGUAAACGCGGAUCACUUUUAUCGCAGGAAAUUAUGCUACACAGAAUUCAGCAAAGUAGAGAACUUUGCAUUGACUUCUU